UUACGGACUGCCCUCCCAACCAAACAUUUUAAACAAUCCACAGACUCAUUACUUCAUUGUCCAGAAUUUAAUGGAUUGUUAAUGGGUCUCAUCACUUCAAAGUGCAGUACUUUUUAUCUCCUUUUUUUUCCCCAAGCCAAUACAAUUUUAUGUAUAGCUCUCAGCACGCUCUAACUACAACUCCUUUGAAUAGUAAAAUGUAUCUUUCUCACCGAAGCAUAAGGAGAGUGCCAAAUCAUUUCACCUGUAACAGAAAUGACAUCCAUACGGAAGGCAAUGCUUCAAGAGAAUGUUUUUGGUCCAAAAGGAGAACGCUUGAUCCACAUUCUGCCAAUUCAGAUAUCUGAAGAAAAUGAAGAUUACGUCUUAUGCAUUACAGUCACCAGAGAUGAAGAGGUGCAUAUCACUUCUCUAAAAAUCUUAAGUCAUGGCCUUAAAGAGACAUUCGUAACUCAGAAGGUCUGGUACCUAGACGAUCUAACACUGGUGGACGGAAAAGAUGCAACUUCAGAUAACCCACACCUCGAUCUACAUUUUCAAGCUGUCUACAGCUGGGAGGCCAGCAGCACUGCAGCCAAGUACGCAUUUGUAAGGAGCUUACGAAAAGUGAAUAAAGUCUACCUGCAAAAGGAUAUUCAGUUUCUGAACUUUGACGAUGACUACAUCAAAGAAAUGAGUUUCUUUGGAGUCCCGGAGGACACAAUGUUGGUAGUACAACUAUGCUUACAGGCUUUCAACUGUAUCUGCUUGUUGGGUUCUUUGUAGGGAGGUUCACCCUAGUAUUUUCUGGUAUAAUUCCCAUCAUUACCAUCUAAUUCAGUGUUGAAAAUUCUUUUCUCCAGAUAACUGAAAUGUUACUUCAAUAAAAUAUGCUUUAUCAUUUCCACCACUACUUUAUCAUUUCCUGUCAGAGUACUCCUGUGCCUAGCAUCACUUUAUGGACAUUCAAUCUGUCUAUGUAUAUAAGCUAUUGUAUGUAGUUACAUUUAUUUGUUUGUUUUUCUAUUGUUUUCUUUAUCUUUUUGUGUUUUUUUUUGUGCUGUAUCAAAUCCAGAGUAACAAGUACGUCAUUCUCCUUUACACUUGUGUGCUGGGAAAGACA